ACACGGCUGGAAUACCCUGCAGUGAACAGAAACCCAAUGUGAUCAGCAUGACCGACUUUAUUACUCUGUUGCAUGAGAUAUGCAGUCAGCUGGAAUCUAGUAACAUUAGCGAGCUGACGUUCUUGUGCAAGGACCUUAUCCCACAAAAAUUUUGUAAUGGAAAACAAGACACUGAUCUCUUUAUCAUUUUAUAUGAAAGGUGCUAUAUAGAUGAGAACAAUACAAGUCUUAUUGAGGAGCUGCUAUUCUAUUUAAAGCGAUAUGACCUACUUCAAAAACAUUUUAACGUGUCAACUAACACAAUGGUUGAAAGGCUGAAGAACCCAGCAAUGGCAAAAAUUUCCCCUUACAGACAUUUGCUCUAUGAGCUUGGAAACCUUGUAUCAAACAGCAAACUUGUGGAAGUUAAACGGAAUUUUACAGACAUUCUUCCUAAAGUUACACUGGAAAAAGUGACGAAUUUAUGGGAUCUUUUCAUUGAAUUCGAAAAAAAAGAUAUGAUUAGGAAAGAUAAUCUUGACUACCUGAAGCAGAUGUCCGAAUAUGUUGAAGAUGAAAAUUUUAAGGAACUAAUUUUAUCAUAUGAAAAGUCAAAAGCAGUAAAGAAGACCUCACUUCAACCAUAACAAAAGUAAACCAUGAACUGAGCCAAAAACAAGUUAUCAGGUCUACUGGAAAACAGAUGCCACAGCCAUGAACUACCCUGGUACACUGGACUUCUGUUAAAAUGGUCUUCUGUUAGUCAAUCAAUGUUUACAAGAACUGAGAAUAGUUUUGGAAUAUUGUACACCCAACCGCGGUAGGGAUGAUCCUUCUACCACUAUUUUGUCUUCACUAUUUAUUCCAGUGACUAUGUGGAGUUUGGAAAUAUUAUUGAAAAACAAAUCACUGUUUAUAAAGGUACCGGGUUUACGUUCCACAACAAAUAACUGCC